AAGAAGAUGGAUAAAGUCGCCGAAAAAUACAAACCAAUGCGAAUUUAGUAAUAUUUAUAACUAAGAGAAAAUCAAUUUGAUAUAUAAUAAUAAAAAAAAAGUAACAUGAGAAAUAGAACUUAAAUACCAAUCUUAAUGCUCUGAAAUAAUUUCAGGCAAUUGCUUAUUUUUAAUAUCUUUUGACUCAAAACUUUAUUUCGGUUGGUAUGUCUUAUUCUUCUUUAUAUCUAUUAUAUUUUUAGAAUAGUUUUUAAUUAGAUACUCCUUGAUCUUAUUAUUUUUUCUUUUAAUAACCUAGAUUAAUUAAAAGGACCUACUUUUUUAUCUCAUUAAUUAAAAAAAAAAACCAUUUUUCUAUCUCUCCAUAGAAUCCUUCCAUGAUACAAAUGUCAUAUAUGCAAGUGCUUUUAGUAAUAUAGAUUGACUUCCUUCAUACCUUAGGAUCAAGUAGAUAUGCAAUGUCUUUUAUUUGAAUUUGUUUUUUAUUUUUUAUUUUUAUGAUUUGUAUCUAUUAGAAACUUGACUUUUGAAUAAACUUAAAUAUAAAAAGCAUCCAUCAUUUUUAAUCUUAGAUCUAUGUUAGUGAUCUUUUAAAUUCUUACUUUAUGUUAUGAUCGACUCUCUUGUUUAUCAAGAAUAUUAGAAUCACAUCAUUUAGAUGCUUUUAACAUUUCCAUCUUCAAAACUCAUUAGUGUAUAAGGGCUUAUUCCAAAUUCAUAAAGUGCAUGCCUAAUAUAUCACAAUGACUCCAAUUCAAUUAAAAUCCCUUUUGUGGUGUCUUUGUGCUUCUCUUAUCUUUAAUUUUCUUUUUUUUUUCUUUUCAAAAUCAUAUUUAUAUCUAACUUGGUACAAAUAUUUGCAUCAUAUUUACAUUCAACCUUCAAUAAACAUUUUUUGCAACAUUGACUUUGAACCAUUCACUUGACUUAUUUUAAGAAUUCUCUAACAUGACUUUAGAUAAAUUCUUGAACUUUGGUUUCCUCAAAAUUUUCCACCGUUGGUUUGAUCUUAAUUUGUUGUAAAUAAAAAUUUUAAUACAACUUUGUUACAGAAUAAGGAUAAAAAAAAUAUAUAGAUUCUUGUUUUAACCAAUUUAUAGAUAAGAGAAAAUCAUGUUAAUAAGGGAAAACGAUUUUACCUUUCCUCCUAUUUAAAACUUGAUUAAAUUUUAACCUACACGAUAAUGUAGAAAUAGAACAAUCAUUAUUUUAUGACUUUUCUUUUGGCCUUAUUUGAUCUAAAGCAAAUAUCUUUCUCUCAGUCAAAUAAAGCUAGUGAAAGAUGGAUACCAAACACUCUAGACAACGGAAAAGUCUCCUUUGGUUACUUUCCCAUUUUUCUUGUUUAUGAGGGGGUCUUUUAAUGGGUUCUUUUUAUUUAUUUAUCAAUUUAUGUGGGCACAAAUUAAUGGAGGUGCAAAUCAAGGUGAUCAAGUCAAAAAUUUCUUUUGGAAAAUUGUGGGUGGAGGGGUUAUCAACAUGAUUUUGAUUGUGUUUUUGUAACUUAAAUUUUAUUUUAGCUUAAAUAAGUUACUGAUAACUGUUUUUAAGAACAUAUUUAUUUUUUGUUAUUAUGCUUUUUGAAUCUUAAAUUUUAUUUCAGCGUAAUCUUAAAUUUUGUUUUUAGUUCGCCGCACUGGCGAGUCCCUGCCUUUUGUCAAACUUGCUGGCUCACGAGUGGAAAAGGAUGGAGUAUCUGGGCAGGAAGACCUUAAAAUGUUGAAUUACAUCCCAAGAAACUCCAGUCCAAUUCCAACAAUGGAGAUCACAUCUCUACCAUUCCUCAUCUUCUUCAUAUCCACAUUUCUCACACUCAUCCAUUCACAGAGCGACACUUCCUACUACAAUCUCUGCAAGCCCUUCGAUUGCGGCAACAUCACCUUCAGCUUUCCCUUCUCCCUAGGUGCAGAUUUUGGCUUUGGCCCACGGGACUGCGGCCUUCCCGGAUACCAAAUCUUCUGCGAAUCAUCUUCCAAUCCCCGCCUCAUGCUCUCCGAUAGAUUUUACCAAGUCAAACAACUCUAUCUAUCACCACACCAUGAACAGCAAUCCUCAAACUUCAUCACCGUGGUGGACCACCCGCUAAUCAACGAUCUGAGCUCCGGCUCUUGUGUUUCCCUUGGGAACCUCUCCAUCCCCACCAAUGCUGUUGCACCGCUCAAGCUUCCCUCCUGGGGCGUCGACCUCACAUUCUUUCAGUGUUCCACUCGGCUACCUCUUCCCCAGGAUUUUCUCGAUACACUCGUGAAUAAUUUCACUUAUAAUUGUCAAGAGGGGUACGCGCUACACCUUUUGCGGGAGGUUCGUGGGAAUGAGAGUCGACUCGACUCGCCUCCACUCAGCCCAGUGCUGAUCCCGAGCGGUUGUGGGUUAGUGUCGUUGCCUGUAUCUCGUGCUAGCUUGACUAGGUAUGGGUUGUUGAAUAGCAGCGACGGUGAGAAUAGGAUGGUGCUGAAGGCGCACAUGGAGCUGGAGCAGCUGCUUCACGUGUUGCGUGAUGGGUUUCCAUUACAGUGGUCCAGUUUUGGCGUUUGCGAGAGUUGCAAGAACAAGGGUGGACGAUGUGGGUAUGAUAGCAUAUUGGGGAAAGUAGAUUGUUUCUGUGAAGCCGGCCACUGCCAACAACUCCGGCACCAACAAUCCCAACGGAAGCUUAUUGUAGGUGUUGCGGCUGGGGGCUCUUUCAUUGUAGUCGCGGCUGUUGUGCUGUCCAUUUUCGAAUUCAAGAAGAGAAUCAAGAAAUCCUAUUCAAGAAAGACCCAAACUGUGGGAGGUGGAAGAAAUGCAGAGCAGUUCAUUAAGGAAUAUCAAUCAGCCGUAUUGACCAACUAUUCAUACAAUGACAUGAAGAAGAUGAGCAGUGGCUUCAAAGAUAAGUUAGGCCAAGGAGGGUUUGGCAACGUCUACUUGGGAAAAAUGCUGGAUGGUCGCCUAAUUGCCAUGAAGAUGCUGGAGAAGUCCAACCAUGAAAUUAGCCACGAUUUCGUUAAUGAAGUAGCCAGCAUUGGUAGGAUUCACCAUGUUAACGUCAUACGCUUGUUGGGUUUCUGUUGGGACGGCUCAAAACAAGCUCUUAUCUAUGAGUACAUGCCCAAUGGAUCACUGGGGGACUUGAUGUCCAAAGAGGGGGCGAGACUCUCACUAGGUUUGGCGAGGCUUCUUGAAAUCGCCAUCGGAGUAGCACAUGGUAUAGAGUACCUGCACAACGGUUGUGAAUCACGAAUCUUGCAUCUUGAUAUAAAACCUCAAAAUAUCCUGCUAGACCACAACUUGAAUCCCAAAAUUUCAGAUUUUGGAUUGGCAAAGGUAUACUCUCGAGAUCGAAGUGCUGUCUCAGUGACCUGCGCAAGGGGAACCAUUGGGUAUAUAGCUCCUGAGAUUUUCAUGAGAAACGUUGGGAGUCCUUCUCACAAGUCCGAUGUUUACAGCUAUGGAAUGCUCCUAUUAGACAUGGUUGGUGGGAAGAAGCAUGUUGUAUCAAAAAUGAUGGCCUCAAGUGAAUCAUACUUUCCUGAUUGGAUUCAUGACAAGGUCAUGGAAGAGGAGGGGAUGGAGGAGCCCAUCUUUUCCGUAGCAGAAGAGGAAGUGGGCAUAGCAAAGAAGAUGAUUAUGGUGGGUUCAUGGUGCAUCCAAAUGGAUCCUAGAGAUCGUCCCUCAAUGGCAAGAGUAGUGGAAAUGCUAAAUGGAAGUGCGGAAGCCAUUCAAAUGCCUCCAAAGCCCUUUUUCUCUUCAUCUUCUCCUGCCCAUUUUGAGCAGGAAAUUACCUACUCUGAAAGUGAUACAGGUGCCUCACUUCCCUUGUUUGAGAGUUCUCAAAGUCAGGGGUGACGGUCCACAUACAGGGGAAGAAAGCGAAGGGAGGUGGAAUGACUCGAUGAGAUCCAUAUUCAUAUAUUACACAUUCGCAUAAUGUUAUCAAUGACGGUCAAGGACAGGGCCAUUCAUGAUUGUAGACGACACUUAAAGACUUAAAUAAGAGGGUUUAAUAGUGAUCAAUUGAAGAAGUAACAA